AAUGGCUGAGCCAACAACACCAAACUCAGAAUCUGAAUCUAGUAGUUAUAACUCUUGUUCACUUUCUUCUACAAUUUCAUCUUCUUCUGUUCUUAUAAAGAAUAUCAACUCGAAAAACCGACUCAAGAGAUGCCGUGAAGAAGAAGAAGAAAAUGAUGGUCAAACAAAUGUGAGUAAGUGUAGUAAUAGCAGUAAGAAAAAUGGUGGCAACAAAACCAGCGACGGAUCAAAACACCCGUCGUACGUUGGUGUACGAAAGAGGGCGUGGGGAAAAUGGGUGUCUGAAAUUCGUGAACCGAAGAAGAAAUCAAGAAUCUGGUUAGGUACUUUCGCCACCCCUGAAAUGGCGGCGCGUGCACACGACGUCGCUGCUAUGUCCAUUAAAGGUGGAUCCGCGAUCCUUAAUUUCCCUCAACUCGCCGAUUUAUUGCCUCGACCGGCCACGUGCUCUCCACGUGACGUCCAAGCUGCCGCCGUAAAAGCCGCUCACAUGGAUCAUCUCAACCCAACGGAAUCUUCGCCGGCAGCGUCGGAAGCGUCGAUGACGUCAUCCUCAUCUUCGUUGUCUUUAGUUUCUGGCAUUACAUCUUCGUCGUUGUGCGACGACGAGUCGACACCAGCAGAGUUGGAGGCGGAAAUUCCGCCUCCGCCUCCGGCUGCGGCUAUGUUGGCGCCGCAGCAUGAGGAGCUGAGUGAGAUAGUGAAGUUGCCGAAGCUGGACACGAGUUACGACUCGGUUGAGUCAACUCAAGAAGUAUUAAGGUUCAUUGAAUCAGAUUGGUGGGAUUAUUAUGGUACUAAUUGUGAAUAUUAUUUUGGUGGAGAGAAUAUUAAUAUGGGAUUUAAUACGGGAUUAGAAGCUGUGGUUUCCAACAGUUUUGAGAGUUUUCUAUGGCAACAUUAGAGGAUUAAAAUGGUGUGUUUUUUUUUGUCAUUUUUUUUUAAUUUACACUUUUUGUAGUUUUGCUUUAGGAUCAAAGGGCUGAAAACUAUAUACGUUUCUUGCAUCUCAAGUAGUACUUUUUGGCCAGUUUGCAAUGGCAUUUUUACAGCUAUAGAUCCCAUCUUCUUUUUUAUAUGGUGAAAAGACUAUCACAUAAUUUAUUUUUAAUUAGUUGAUUCCUCCUUCUUCCUCAUCUUUGUAUUUUUUUUCUUCUAAUAAAUAUAUACUACGUAUUCGAUA